AUGCUCAUUAAAGGGCGACUGUUUUACUGGCAUUCAAUAAAUGACGAAUUAGUAUUAGUCUAUGACUGCUAUAAUUCGUUGAUUCCAAAAGCAAAUAAAGAUUUACAGAGUCAAGCUGCAUUAUCACUGCUUGGGCAUUGUUAUUUUUACUUGCAAGAAUUUUUAUCAGCUGCUGAAUGCUACGAAAAACUGACCAAAUUAUAUCAAAACUGCGCAGAAUACAAACUUUAUUGGGCUCAGUGCCUUUAUAAUGCAUCGAAAUUUUCAGAAGCUCUCACAAUAGUCGCACAAAUUGAUAACCCUGAAUUAGCUGGGAAAGUUCUUAAGCUUGAAUCUGCAAUUAAAUAUCGUGAAGAAGAUAUUAUAAGUGCUCGAAUACUAGUGGAAAAGUAUGCCAUCGAUGAUUCUGAUAGCGAAAUCAAUUUUGCAUGUCUUGAUUAUAAGGAAGGAAAUUAUGCAGCAGCAUUAGAACGCUUCACAAACGCAACUCAAACUCACGGAUACCAACCAAGUUUAGCAUAUUCAAUAGCUUUAUGUCAUUAUCAAAUGCAUGAUUAUUCGCAGGCAUUAAAAUUUAUCACUGAUAUAAUUGAUCGAGGGAUAAAAGAUCAUCCUGAAUUAUCAAUUGGUAUGAUCACAGAAGGUAUGGAAGUGAGUUCCGUUGGAAAUACACUUCUUCUUCAUGAAACAGCUCUAGUUGAAGCAUUCAAUCUGAAAGCAGCAAUUGAGUACAAUUUGAAGAACUGCGAUGCAUUCCAUUCAGAUUCAUUAGCGUCAGAAGCGCUGACAGAUAUGCCACCGAGACUGGAGGAAGAGCUUGAUCCAAUUACUUUACACAAUCAAGCUUUAAUUAAUAUGGAUACCAAUCCUGCUGAUGGUUUCGCAAAGCUACAAUAUUUAUUGAUGCAAAACCCAUUUCCACCAGAAACAUUUGCUAAUUUACUUCUUCUGUACUGCAAGUUUGAAUAUUACGAUUUAGCAGCUGAUGUUUUGGCUGAAAAUGCUCACUUAACUUACAAAUACCUUUCUCAGUAUUUAUAUGACUAUUUUGACGCCAUAAUAACUCAACAAACAACGCCAAUGGACGCUUAUAAUAAAUUUGAAAUAAUUGCAAAUGAACAAGUCAACGAAUUGCGUAAAAUAACCAAACAACUACAAGAAUACCGUCAAGGCAAUGAUAAAAUGGCUGUUAAGAGAGCUGUUGAAGCCUACGAUAACACUAUGGCUAAGUAUGCAUUUUUAAUUAAAAAAAUUGUUUAUUGUCUGAAAAUUUUUAUCACUUUCACUGGCACGGGUAACUAUGAAUUUGGAAUAUCGCGCGUGAUUAAAGCAAUGGAACCAUAUGAUAAAAAUCUAAGCACAGACACAUGGUUUUAUUGUAAACGCUGCAUGAUAGCAACUAUUGAAAACUUGGCAAAACAUAUAAUUAGUAUCAGAGAUUCUGUACUGCAAGACUGUCUUCAAUUUUUGGAACAGUGCGAAAUUUAUGGCAGAAAUAUAUCAACAACAGUGGCCGGUCCCUUGAUGGCUAGUGAAUUACAAGUUGAACACGCUGUGAAUACAGUCACUUACGAAGCUCGUCUGCUGAAAGCAUUAAUUCUUGAAGUCAUCAAUAAUUAA